UUCACUGCGCACAUACGCAAAACGUCAUCAGCGCACGCCGUCAUGGCAAUGGAUGAGCGAGUGUGAAAAAUUUUAAAAUUUGCUAGACCGAACAAAAAAGCGAGAGUGAUUGCAGACUGGUAAUAAGUACUACUGAACUAGACGGAAUUGUGAGUAGAAAAUUGCUUAGCGUACUUGUAAAUUAUCACCACCGUCAGCUACGAUUUAUACAAAAGUAUCCAAACAAACAUAUGGAAAACGGAAACAACUCGGGCAACGUAGUCGAAAAAUGCAUUAACUAAACUCUUUCUCGGAUCGCCUUACCCGUCUAGACAUCCAAAACAAUACGGCAUCGAUCGUCCGGUGCCCUUGAUAAAGAACGAGCCAGUGAUGAGAAGCGGUGACGUCAUCAAUAAUCUGUCGGACUCUCCGAGAGAUUAGCCAGGGAAGGAUAAUUCGGCUGAUUACACUACCACAUGCUGCCGCUUCAAUCCCGAACGGACUGAUAAAGAUCGAUCUUGAGAUGCUGUGAGUGAGUAUCCAUCUAGAUCGCGCCGGAGUGACACCGAUAAAGCCCGCAUGCCAAAAUUAUUAUAAUUAAGUUAAAAAAUAUGUGUUAGGCAAUAAAUGUUUUAUGGUAGAUUAAAUUGUGUGUUGCAGAUAAUAAAAUGUGUUUAGUGUAAUGAACUAUAAUAAAUUGGAUUGUUACUACCGAGUGAUGUGUUAAGCAUGCAAUUGGAGAAGUCCUGGAUCAAUUUAGUUUCGGUCGGCGCUGGUGGAAUUGUUUAGCCUGCUGGAUCCUAUUGUGUCGGGAGACAUACUUGAUUCGAUGUUGGGAGGCCUGAGCUGGUCCACACUCUAGCUAUCGAAGAUUCUCUGGUAAGCCUUAUACUCAGGAACCCAUCCCUCUGGUCCUUCGAACCGGAUCCAAUUCGGUCGGACCUUGGAAGGACGCCGUCGAUGCUAGGGGCAUUGGACGCGUGGAUACUUUUGUCUUAUUCAUCUCGUACCGCCAUUGUAUCCGGAUAUAUGGAGCCAUCGACACGCCGAACAAUUAAAUAGCGCCCAUUAUUACGGACAUUGUACCUUCGGACAAUUGGACUUCAAUUACACCGCGCGCUUGGCGUCAUUUUGUGGCUUGGCGUCCCUUUACGGAUUGGCGUCUAUUGGAUGGAGAUAGUGCAUGAUCAAUUUUGGAGGAACAACACAUCAUAGUGCUGCUGCAAUUUGACGUCGGUGAACAUUAAAAUUUAGAAGGCAGUGACGGACGGUAGCUGCUAGUGAAAACUCCUUCGUUGCGGUGGAUUUCGGAUACUCGAUUAGAUUUUCUACGCUGAUUGGACCCUGAACAGGAGAAUCAACCUGUUCUUCCAGGUAAAUAUUACAUGUUCAGGUGUAUGUCCGGUCGAAGUUUUCUUGUUACAAAACUAAUGCCAUCUUUCGAUAUCUGGACCACUGCAAUCUAAUCUCAUCACGGAGGAUGAUCCUGUUUGCAACAACGAAAGGAAGGCUGCAUGUGGAUUACAACUUUAUUACUACAUCUGGAGUUUGAUGGGCGCGUGUCCCAUAUCGGUUCGUCGACAUAUGCUGAGAGUAUUGUUGCUGGUUUCAUCGGUAUCCUGAAGACGUUUAUGCAUGCUAAGACCUGGGAGCCCCAACAUAUUUUUCUCCAGGUUAGUAAAUGCACAGUAUAUGACCACCGUUGUCUAGGCAUCAGAUAAAUACACAUUUGGUGAUUGAAUUUUCGUCCUUUUGACUGUACCAUACUGAUCCCUGAGCAUAACUUCAGCACGGUUGUGCACAAUUAUUGGUUGUCGCUUUUCAUCGGAAUAUUUUGGAACUUCGAAUCUUCUGUUGGUUGUCGUGGUGAGUGACCACAGUAUAUGUCCAGCUGUCGCUGGCAUUCUCUUUGAUACUACAUACUCGCUUCCUCUCCUCUGCCCUCGCAUAUUGGCUGGUUAUACAUCGUGCAUCAAGUGUUACAUCUGCAUGGAGUUAGUGUGACGUUAUUCCAUUGCUUGUAGUUUGGCAUUUCAACGCUCUGGGGCGCAUCUAUAGUUCCUGUAAGGUCAGUGCUGCAGAUAGUAUAUACCUAGCGAAGCUAGGGCCGUUCACAGGGUAUUGCACUGAAAUCACCUCUCAUUUACCGGUUUCCCGAGUGAAAUAAGCACCAUGCCUCCUGCCGCAUCCAGCACGAAGAAGUCUCCAUCGUUGAAGUUGCUCGUUACCAAGCUGAAGGAUGUCCAAUCUUCUUUUGACGAUAUUUAUCGUUUCGUCGAAGACUUCAAGGAAAAUACAACUACUACCCAGAUUGAAGUACGACUGGAAAAACUCGACGAACUGUGGGAAAAAUUCAGCGACACCCUUAUAGAGUUGAAAUCGCACGACGACUAUGCAGCAAAGGGUGAUGACUACGAGGAUGAAAGGUUGGACUUCAGCGAUCGAUACUACAGGGCAAAAUCGUUUCUUGUGGAUAUGGCCAAAGAAAGACAAGAGGCACCAGCCAUGGAACAAUCGAUACGGGUCGGUGAUACGUCGGUGCAUAGCACAAUGGACCAUGUGCGGCUGCCUCAAAUAAAGCUGCAGACGUUCAACGGCGACAUUGACGAAUGGCUAGGAUUCCGGGAUCUCUUCACUUCACUUAUACACUGGAAGGCGGAUUUACCAGAGGUGGAGAAAUUUCACUACCUAAAAGGAUGCCUUCUGGGUGAACCUAAAAGUUUGAUCGAACCGCUACAAAUCACUCGGGCUAAUUACCAGGUGGCUUGGGAAAUGCUGUUAAAACGCUAUAAUAACAGUAAACAAUUGAAGAAGCGUCAGGUCCAAUCGCUCUUCAAACUACCAGCACUAACAAGGGAAUCCGUUGCUGAUCUCCACUCCCUAUUGGAAGGCUUCCAAAGGGUAGUUCAAACACUGGAUCAAAUUGUGCAGCCGCAUGAUUAUAAGGAUCUUCUAUUGGUAAAUUUACUUUCUGCACGUCUCGACCCGAUCACGCGAAGAGGCUGGGAGGAGCACUCAUCGAAUAAGGAUCAAGAUUCGCUAAAUGAUUUGACGGAUUUUCUUCAUCGGAGGAUUCAAAUUUUGGAGGCGUUACCUUCAAGGGCCGUGGACACUAGGGGUGUCCAGCAAUCACAACCUCCGUUGAAGCCGAAACCCUUUGCAGUUAAAAAUAGUUUCAACACGGUUCAAGCAAACCACAGUAACUGCGUAGCGUGCAAGAGUAGCCAUCCACUAUAUCAGUGCGGUAAAUUCCAAGAAAUGCCGGUUUCAGAGAGAGAGAUGUGUUGUUGCGCAACAACUCACUCUGUCGCAACUGUUUCCGCCAAGGGCAUCAUGCGAAGGAUUGCCAAUCAAAAUAUUCUUGUCGCCAUUGUAAAGGACGUCACCAUACAUUGGUUUGCUUCCGAGCUGGGAGGAAUGAGAAGCCCAAGGAUACAGCUGGUAGUCAAGGUUCCAAUGCUUCCGUCUCACAAGACAAUUCAAGUAGCUCUAUCGCUACACCCUCCUCCUCCUCCUCGCAAGUGGCUAACAUGGCAGCCACUGAAGUUUCGUUAGUUGGAUCAGUACAUCGACACUCGUCGCAGGUUUUGUUGGCUACAGCGGUGGUCAUCAUCGAGGAUGAUGGUGGCACUCAGUACCCAGCACGGGCUCUACUCGACUCAGGUUCAGAGAGCAAUUUCAUUUCGGAGCGAUUGAGUCAACGUCUAAAGGUGGAUCGAGAUAAGGUGGACAUCUCGAUAUUAGGGAUUGGUCAACGGACUAGCAAGGUAAAGCAGCGUAUAGAGGCCACAGUGUUGUCACGAGUUACUGAUUUCUCUCGGGCGAUGAGUUUUUUGGUGCUUCCGAAGGUGACGGUAAAUUUACCAACGGUUAACAUCGACACAAUCGGUUGGCCGAUUCCACGAGAUGUUGAGUUAGCAGAUCCUGCUUUCGGUGUUUCUCAGAGUAUUGACAUCGUACUAGGAAUCGAGUCAUUCUUCGAGUUUUUCCAAACCGGACGCAAGAUUCCUUUGGGAGAACGAUUACCCUCAUUAAAUGACUCCGUAUUUGGAUGGGUUGUGUGUGGCGGUUCAUCUGUGCCCGAUAAGACAUUGAAUAUUAGCUGCAAUGUUUCUACUACGGAAGGCUUGGAAGAGCUGAUGGCUCGAUUUUGGACCUGCGAAGAUAUGGGAUCAACCAGGAACAAUUCACCGGAAGAAGCACGCUGUGAAGAGCUGUUUGUGCAUUCGAUUCAGCGUGGGGAAAGCGGCCGCUACACUGUAUCAUUGCCAAAGGAUGAGGACAAACUAAAACAAUUGGGCGAUUCUAGGGGGAUCGCAUUCCGACGUCUCCAAGGCACGGAGCGGAGAUUGGAAAGGGAUGCUGCAUUACGGGAGCAGUACAAGGCAUUCUUGACCGAAUAUGUGCGUCUGGGUCAUAUGCAGCGAGUCGAUACUACCAUUCCCAACACGGAUAAACGGUGUUAUUUACCACAUCAUCCGGUGGUUAAAGAGGCGAGUACCACCACCAAGGUUAGGGUAGUAUUCGACGCCUCCUGCAAAACGGCCUCAGGAGUGUCGCUGAACGAUACAUUGCUGGUAGGGCCAGUAAUACAAGAGGACUUGAGGUCGAUUAUUCUCCGUUGCCGAACAAGGCAGAUAAUGCUGGUUGCUGAUGUCGAGAAAAUGUUUCGUCAAAUUAAUGUGAACCCCGACGAACGACAUCUUCAAUCGAUUCUAUGGCGCUCAUCACCAAGGGAUGAAGUAGUUACCUAUGAGAUGAACACCGUUACUUACGGAACCAAGCCUGCUCCAUUUUUGGCCACAAGGACACUGAAACAGCUAGCGAUGGAUGAGGAGCAACGAUAUCCGCUCGCUACCAAGGCAAUUACGGAAGACACAUACAUGGAUGAUGUACUCACGGGUUCCGAUGAUGCAGCGGAGGCACUUACGAUGAGGAUACAAUUGGACAAGUUGAUGGUUAGUGGGGGAUUCCAGCUCAGGAAGUGGGCAUCCAAUUGUGUCGAGGUUUUACGUGGUAUUCCUGAAGAAAAUCUGGCAAUCCGUGGCUCAGAAAUCGAAUUAGAUCCAGACCCAUCGAUCAAGACACUAGGAUUAGUGUGGCAGCCUAGAACAGACGUCUUCAAAUUUCAAUUCAGCAUACCUUCCAUUGACGAUAAUCUGCUUAUUACCAGGAGGCAACUUUUGUCGAUCAUUGCGACUCUGUUUGAUCCUCUGGGUCUGGUUGGUGCAACCAUUACAAUGGCCAAGCUUUUCAUGCAGCAAUCUUGGAUGCUGCGUGACGAACACGAACAGAGAUUUGGCUGGGACCAGCCGUUACCUUCGAUGGUGGGUGAGACGUGGCGGAAGUACCAUCAGCAGCUUCAUCUACUUAAUCAAAUACACGUGGAUCGCUGUGUAAUUAUCCCCAGGGCAGUCGUGAUGGAAUUCCAUUGCUUCUCAGACGCGUCACUGAAGGCCUACGGUGCGUGCCUAUAUGUUCGAAGCAUCGAUACAGCAGGAAGGGUGAAGGUUCAAUUGCUCACAUCGAAGUCAAAGGUGGCUCCGGUUAAAUGUAUGACGAUCCCGAGGUUGGAGCUUUGCGGAGCGGUCUUAGCCGCUCAACUAUUCCAAAGGGUGCAACAGGCAACUCGCUCGAUCGCACGUGCAUAUUUUUGGACAGAUUCAACGUGUGUGCUUCGAUGGUUGCAAGCUUGUCCGGCCACAUGGACUAUAUUCGUCGCAAAUAGAGUGGCAACAAUCCAAACUAUAACAGAGGGGCAUGAAUGGAGACAUGUUCCAGGAAUUCAUAAUCCAGCCGAUCUUAUCUCGAGGGGUAUCUCUCCAGAAGAAAUAAUUCAUAAUAAUUUCUGGUGGAAUGGCCCAAGCUGGUUAACGCACGACCAUGAGGAAUGGCCAAAUAGUUUCGAUAAUUCAUCGAGUGAGGGGGUUGAGGAAGAGAGGAGACGCACAGUUGUUGCUAAUACGGCCUCGGUGGUGGCGGAAUUCAAUGAAUGGUAUUUAUCCAAAUUCGCUACAUACUCCAAUUUAAUUCGCCGUACAGCAAUAUGGCUCCGAUUGAUUUCGUUACUUCGUACCCCGAAGAAGGAUCGACGAUCCGGUUGGAUUACUACAGAAGGGCUCAAAACAGCCGAAUAUAUACUUAUAGAACGGGUGCAACGGGAAGUCUUUCCUGAUGAACGAAAAGCACUGCUAAAAGGGGAUAUGCUUCCAAGGAAAUCUCCUCUGCGAUGGUUCAAUUCAUUUGUGUCAGAAAGGGAGGAGCUCAUAAGAGUUGGCGGGCGGUUAAUCCAUUCAAAUGAACCAGAAGAUGCCAAACAUCCCAUUGUGCUCCCAGCUCGACAUCGCUUGACACGUAUGAUUCUUCAGCACUACCACGAACGUUUGCUUCACGCAGGGCCACAAUUGUUGCUGAGUGUGGUCAGACUUCGCUACUGGCCGUUAGGAGGACGCAAUGUAGCCAGGGAAACCGUUCAUCGUUGUCAAAAAUGCUUCCGAUCAAAGCCCACUCCGUUGCAGCAAUUUAUGGGAGACCUGCCAGCAGCGCGAGUGAUUAUUUCUCGUCCUUUCUCAAGGUCGGGAGUGGACUAUUUCGGACCAAUCUAUGUGCGCCCUGUACCACGACGCGCAGCAGUAAAAGCGUACGCGGCAAUUUUCGUGUGCCUUUGCACGAAGGCGAUUCAUCUGGAGCUUGUCGGGGAUUUAUCUACGGAUCGAUUCUUGCAGGCUUUGCGUCGGUUCGUUGCCCGUCGAGGAAGGCCAACCGAUAUUUAUUCCGACAACGGUACUAACUUCGUUGGAGCUCGGAACAAACUGGAAGAAGUGCUACGUUUGUUGCGGGAUAAACAUCAUCAGGAGAAGGUAUCCAAGAAAUGUGCAGAAGAGGGCAUUCGCUGGCAUUUUAGUCCUCCGAGUGCACCUCAUUUCGGAGGCUUGUGGGAGGCGGCUGUGAGAUCGGCCAAACAUCACCUCUUGCGCGUGAUUGGGGACAGCGUCGUGUCGCCCGAAGAUAUGAACACGCUUCUUGUGCAAGUGGAAGGCUGUUUAAAUUCUCGACCACUUACACCUACAUCAGACGACCCGAACGAUCUUGAACCGUUAACUCCUGCGCAUUUCUUGGUUGGAUCUUCAUUGCAGUCACUUCCAGAACAACAGUUGCAAGCAGUUCCCAUAAACCGUUUAAACUAUUGGCAACGUAUGCAAAGGAUGUUCCAGGAUUUUUGGAGAAGAUGGCAGAGGGAGUACUUGUGUCAGUUGCAGGGUCGAACGAAGCGCUGGCGACCACCAAUAGAAAUUGAAAUCGGUAAGCUUGUCGUCAUUUUCGAAGAAAACCUACCUCCAACACGCUGGAAAAUGGGUAGAAUACAGGAGUUACAUCCAGGACCAGACGGUAUUGUUAGAGUGGUCACUCUUAAGACCGCUUCUGGAACAUUGAAGCGUCCGGUUGAGAAGCUGUGUUUGCUGCCUACACCAGAAUUCAACGAACAACCUAGUAGCCGCCAGCAGCAGUAGCCUUGCCUAUCCCAUCCUAGUCGAGAGGAGUUUCUUUCUUUAUUUCAGAAAUAGCGAAUAUUUCAGGGUGGGUGAGGAUGUCUGCGACCUGCCUUCAACUACAUCCCUGGUGCAGACAGUUUGAAAACAGUACAUUGUUCUGCUGUAGGAUCGCCUUACCCGUCUAGACAUCCAAAACAAUACGGCAUCGAUCGUCCGGUGCCCUUGAUAAAGAACGAGCCAGUGAUGAGAAGCGGUGACGUCAUCAAUAAUCUGUCGGACUCUUCGAGAGAUUAGCCAGGGAAGGAUAAUUCGGCUGAUUACACUACCACAUGCUGCCGCUUCAAUCCCGAACGGACUGAUAAAGAUCGAUCUUGAGAUGCUGUGAGUGAGUAUCCAUCUAGAUCGCGCCGGAGUGACACCGAUAAAGCCCGCAUGCAAAAAUUAUUAUAAUUAAGUUAAAAAAUAUGUGUUAGGCAAUAAAUGUUUUAUGGUAGAUUAAAUUGUGUGUUGCAGAUAAUAAAAUGUGUUUAGUGUAAUGAACUAUAAUAAAUUGGAUUGUUACUACCGAGUGAUGUGUUAAGCAUGCAAUUGGAGAAGUCCUGGAUCAAUUUAGUUUCGGUCGGCGCUGGUGGAAUUGUUUAGCCUGCUGGAUCCUAUUGUGUCGGGAGACAUACUUGAUUCGAUGUUGGGAGGCCUGAGCUGGUCCACACUCUAGCUAUCGAAGAU